AUGUGGUUUACAGGAUCCCAAUGGUUGGUCAGUGGUCAGUGCCCCAAACAGAAGCCACAAGUCAUAGUGACCAAUAUCACUGUCCCCACUGUUGAUCCUGAACCCCCUCGAUCCUUAGUUAUUGGUCCUAAUCAUUAUUCUAGCUUGGGGUCAUCAAAGUGCAAAUCCAUUAUUAAAUCUUGUGUGAUCUGCAGGAAGUAUGACGCUCGAGUGUGUCCUUACCCAGGACCUCCACCUCUUCCUAAAGAACGAGUUGUCCACCUUCGUCCUUUUGACACCACUGGUGAAGAUUACACAGGAGCUCUUGUUCUAACAGGCACUCCGGACAAGAUUCUGGUGAAGGUCUAUAUAUGCUUCUUCACGUGUGCAACCGCACGAGGUGUACAUUUAGAAGUUACCUCUGACAUGAGUGCAGAGGCUUUCCUACAAGCCUUUUGCAGGUUUGCAGUACGUCGAUCUUGUCCCAAACUAAUGAUCUCUGAUAAUGGAUCUAACUUUGUGGCAGAGGAAGCUUGCUUAAGGGAAAUAUGGAAUCAUCCAGAGGUACGUACAGUCUUAAAGCAAAGACAGUGCCACUGGAAAUUUAUACCUUCUCGAGCCCCGUGGCAGGAAGGAUUUUACGAACGCAUAGUAGGCACUGUGAGGAAAUACUUACAAAAAGCUUUACACCGACAAAAGAUUAGCCUUACCGAGUUGCAAACCCUUGUCAAGGAAAUAGAAGCACGAGUCAAUAACCGACCAUUAACCUAUCUUUCAGAUGACUUCUCCCAGAGAGAACCCCUGAAUUCCUCUCAUCUGAUUCAAGGUAGUCUUCUGAGUCCUUUGAUCUCUCUGGAGGAUGAGGAUCCGGAAGACCCCUCAUGUGUUGGAAGAAGUGACUUAGUGGAAAGUUACAAACAUCUUUCUAGAGUGAUAGGCUGGUGGAAUGAAGUGUGGAUUCGUGAGUAUCUAACUGUUCUGACAGAGUACCAUUAUGGAGCUGCAAGCCCAUAUAAUAAAGUUCUUUAA